AUGGCAAACAGCAAAUAUGAGUAUGUCAAGUGUUUUGAAGUUGAAGACGAGGUCAUGUUUCCCAAUAUCAUCCUUGUUUGGAUCAAUGCCUGUAACAUCCAUAAACCUUAUGAUGUAAAUGCCUUGAAGUUGAUGAACUCUUGUGCUGUUGAAGUUCUUGAAGAGUAUGCAGAUGUAGUCCUUGCAUACGGUUUCGGUGAUGAGUAUACUUUCGUUUUCAAGAAAACCUCCAAGUUUUACGAAAGGCGUGCCAGCAAAGUGUUAUCCAUCGUUAUAUCUUUUUUCUCGUCUGUCUUUGUGAGAAAAUGGGGUGAAUUCUUCCCACACAAGGAACUACAAUGUUCUCCUUCCUUCCACGGGCGAGUCAUACCUUGUGCAUCCACGGAAGCCCUUCAAGCGUAUCUUUUGUGGCGGCAGAAUAUAUGUCAUUUGAGUGAUCAACAUGAGCAAUGUCUUUGGCGUCUUGUUGAACGGGGAAUGAAUUUGAAUGAAGCAUGGGAUAUCAUCAAAGGUUUUGACAAAAGUGAGCUAAACAAUCUUUUAUUUGAUGAGUUCAAUGUCAAUUACAAUACAUUGGAGCCAAUAUUCCGACAAGGGUCUUGUGUUCUGAAGACAUUAGUUGAGGAUAUCGUGAAAUACAAAGAUAAUGGUGAUCCAAUUAAAAGGCAAAGAAGGAAGAUUAUCACUGUGCAUUCCAAGAAAAUAGCUGGUAAGAGAUUUUGGAAUGAGCAUACUGUUCUUUUGAAGGAUUUUGGUGGUUUUGUUGAAGAGAUUAACAAUGUGACACCAGAGUAUGUGAGGUCCUUCGAAUCUGAUAUCAAAUUGAUGCCGUCUACAUGGAUUGUAGUUCGUAUAGAUGGAUGCCACUUCCACAGAUUUUCUGAGCUACAUGAAUUUGUGAAGCCAAAUGAUUCUAGAGCCCUUAACUUAAUGAAUUUGUGUGCAGUUGCUGUCUUAGAAAAGUUUUGGGAGGAUAUAGUCUUUGCCUAUGGGGUUAGUGAUGAGUACAGUUUUAUUCUUAAGAAAACCAGUGAUCUUUAUCAAAGGAGAGCUAGUAAAAUAGUUUCAACAAUUGUGUCUUUCUUCACAUCCACAUAUGUGAUGAGAUGGAGUGAGUUCUUCCCACAAAGUGAGUUAAAGUACCUUCCUUCAUUUGACGGAAGAGCAGUGUGCUAUCCAUCUACUGAGAUUCUAAGGGACUACCUUUCAUGGAGACAAGUGGAUUGUCACAUCAACAAUCAAUACAACUCUUGUUUCUGGAAGCUAGUUGCAUCUGGAAAAAGCAAAAGGGAAGCCCAAAAUAGUUUAAAAGGUGCUCAGUUGCAAAAGAAAAUCGAAGAGUUAGAUAUUGACUACAAUAAAUUACCAGUCAUGUUCCGACAAGGAUCCUCAGUUUAUAGGGAUAAGAUAGACACUGAUCUAAUUCAUCAUGAGAAUGGAAACACUUUUGAAAGUAAUGGGAAGGUCAUUGUAGAACAUAUUGACAUUAUUGGACCAACCUUUUGGUUGGAACACCCAAACAUCCUUGAUGAAUAG